AUGGCCGAUUAACCAUCAAUAGCGGCUUGCUGUCAAAAUACUAUACUAUAAUUUUUUAGAUAACGCGUAUGCAAGAAUUAUCAACAAUAGAUGUUUAAUUAUAUUAGCUAACUAAAUGAACGUAAGAAGUCUGGUAACAGAUGUGAAAAUAAAUCUGCAAAGGUCAUUUACACCUUUGCAGUGUCGUGCUUCGUGUCCCGCGUACUGAUCAUCCAAAGUGGUCGCUGUUUACAUCUUCUGACAAAAUGAGCGACGACGGCAGCGAAGAUUCGCCGCCGCGCCCGAAGCGCAAAAUCAAGAAGGUGAUGGUAGUGCCGUCCGGAUCUAGCUCGGACAGUGACGAAACAAUUGGUCCCACUACUACACGUCGCAAGAGAUUGAGGGUGGUCAGCGUUGCCGAGAGUGAGAGUAGCGGUAGCUCCGUGGUGCGCGGGACGCGGCGCAGGCGGGCUAUACCCAAGCUACGCGACUCUGACGGGGAUAGUGACACGUCGGGCUGGGCCACCGACCACUCCACUGCCGUCAAGCCUGCGCCCACCCCCAAUAAGGCUACAUCUGGUUUCGCAUCAGACAGCUCCGAAGGGAACUCUGACAAGUGCUCUAUCUGUCUGUUGCGAUUCACUGACCAGGAGGUGGGCACACCUGAGAGUUGUGAGCAUAUAUUCUGCUUGGACUGCAUCACAGAGUGGUCUAAGAAUGUAAAUACAUGUCCUGUAGACAGAAUGACAUUUGAUAACAUAAUUGUGCGUUCAUGUGCCGGAGGUAGUACUCUGCGCACUGAGCCAGUGAAGGUGGUGGAACGUAGGCCCUCUGUGGACCUGUUGGUCAUUGAGGAUCCUACUAUGUGUGAGGUUUGUGGCAGAACAAAUGAUGAAGAAACAAUGUUGCUAUGUGAUGGUUGUGACCUGGGUUUCCACAUGCAAUGUCUCUCUCCCCCACUCACAGAGGUACCAACAGAUCAAUGGCUUUGUCCAAAUUGUGAUAAUCUUUUCGUCAUACACCUUUCUGAAGUUGAUGAUUUGUUUGAUGGAAUUGUCGAUUUAGAUUUACCAUUGGGUAGUCGAGCUUCAGCUCUUAGAGAACCCAGAAAUGUUAGAAGGUCAUCUAGGAAUAUCACAACCAAUGAUGAGCCUUCUACAUCUACUGGACGAAGGGGCAAUAACUCAAAUUUUGAUGAACCAACCACAUCUCGUGGAUCCCGGGAGCCUCAGGGCUCUAGAAACUCUCAUAUAACAACCAGACGAAGAACUGCAGGCACACAGAGAAGAAGGUAUAAACGGAGAAAAACUAAAACUGUAAUUAUAGAGUAUGAAGUGGAAGAAAAUGGCAAGUUUCCAGUCACUAAGAGAAUUAAAAGAAAAGUUAAGAAGCGGCGAACAAAGAAGCGGCAAUCAAGAACAGCAGCUCGACGAUCAUAUGUGCGGGCUAGUGUACAAGCUAAGCUUGCUACUAUGAAGAUUGAUGAGAGGCAAGAUUUAGCACAAGCCUCAUCUGCCAGUUGUGGAGUACAAAAUUUAUCACAACAGCGCCACAGAGCUGGUAUCCCAUCUCUAAGUCUAUUUGGAAACCGAAAUCAACUUGAUUAUUUUUCUGAAGAUGAUGAUUUUCAUGAUGUUUCGGAAGGUGCUUCAACUGCAGUGGCAGCCAGGCCCACAUCUAGUAUUUUAAACAUGUUCAGACAGGCUCGAAGAAAAAAUAUUACAAUCAAUUCCCCGCCUCAUGCAACAUCAGCACCAGAUAUUCUUUCAAGUAUACUUGAGAGCCAAACAUUAUUACAUUCUAAAAAUUCUGUAGUUUCAAUUUCUGUAGAUGGCAAUGUAAAUAUUAAACUAGAAAAAUGUGAAAAAAGUAAACCUAAAAAGCAAUCCAGCUCAGAGGAAAAAGUGGACUUAUCAAAAGGGGAGGAUGCCGCAAGGAAAGUGCCAUCAUACCCGGGGCAGUCCCGCGGCGGCGGUGGCUGGGGCGGCGGUUACCGCGGCAACUAUCACAGAGAGCAAAGCAACACCAAUAACUUUAAUAGGAGCGGCAACUAUGAAAACAAUUAUAAUAGUGGAUAUCAAAAUAGGCAAGGAAAUUCUUAUCAGCAAAAUAAUAUGCGUCGUGAAGAGACAGAUUCUUAUGGUAACUACCUGAGGAGGCCCCACCAGUAUUCACACAAUGAUGAUAACAAUUUUGAUCGUAACCGAAGACAGCCUCCACAAAUUGAAACCAACAGAGGCCCAAACUCAAAUUUUUUACACAAUCCAAACCAAAGGCACAAUGACCAAGGUAGAUUUAGCAUGGGCCCAUCCUGGCAGUCUUAUGGCGGAGGCCCUGGGCCACGUCAAGACUAUAUGCCUUCACAAUCUAGACACUCAUUUGGUGGUUUUGAAAACCCUUUAGAUAUGAGAGUGGGUCAAAUGCCCGUACAGGAAUCUGCAAGUAGUGAGGACGUCGAAUCAUACAUAGAUCAGGAUAGCCAAGGGCAGGAUAAACCAGCGACAACAUAUCAGCCCCUUCCGGAGCCACCAAUGUUUGAGUUCAAUAAAACACCUGAAGUGGAAAAAUCCGAAGAUGAGAAGAGUGAUUCAGGCCUUGUGAUUGAUACUGAAAAGUAUGAUCCUACGGAGCCCACUAAUGACGACGAUGAAGACUAUAGUGGCGACGAACUUGCGGCACCCCUCCAACCACCACCUGCCAUGCAAACGCCGCUGGUCUUGCAGCCUACCUCGCAUCCUCAAGUGCAUGACAUCAUAGCAGGUAUCGACACCACCGGCAUUAAUGUUCCACCUAACGUGCUUGACACUGCGGUGAGACAGGUGAUUAAGGAACAUAUAAAUUUAAUUGCUCCAUCUGGUCCAAAUUUAGAUGAUGAAAGAAGUGACGAGGACUCGGAUGGGGAUUGUCCUAAUUUUUCUAUAUAUUCAGCCACAAGUGUCCACAUAGCUAAUAUCUCUAACAAUGUACCUGUGGAAAAACCUAGCGAAUCGCUUCAUGAUGGGCUCGAAGAUCUUGUUCAAGAAGAUGACGAUAUGCCUGUACCAGAAACGACUUCAGUGGCUAACAUCACCUCUGUUCGUGAUUUCUCUGAAGAUGCUGAGAAAUCUACUCCAGUCACUAUGAAUCCAAGUAAGCAAUCUCAUAACGAUUUUAGUAAAAAGAAGUCAGAAGAGGAGUACAAAGAAAAGGUUUCCAAAAGGUGCCCUAUUACUACUAAUACUCGUAAUCCUAUAAAAAUAAAACUAAACACGCCUUCUUUAAUCAAGAGACAAAUAAACUUAUAUGACGAAGAGGAGGAAGACAAAAGUGAAGAAGAAAUACCAUCAAAUGUCGACGAAAGAAAAGAUGACCAAACUUCUGAGCCAUUAGAAGAAGACAAAUUUGUACCGCUAAAAGAUAGCUCUCUAAAAUCAGACAAAGAAAUAGGAAAUGAUUCAAUUGAUAAAUAUAGCGUGUCAACACUUACUGUAGCAGAAAAAGAAUCAUUACAAAUUGACGAAAAUGAGAUUUUAGAUGAAAACAAUAAAGCUAGAACACCACCAAAAGAAGAUGAUGAGAUUGUAGAAAAUAAUGCGUCUGAAACCAAUGAAAUGAGUAUUGAUGAUGUGGCAGAUAAUAAGGAGUUAGAAGAACGAGGUAAUACUGAGAUGUCUACUUGCGACGAAAAGUCAGAAGAUGAGAUUCACUCGGACUUCGAAAACGAAGAAUUGUUAGAUAAAGACAUACCAGUACUUACUGAAUCAGUAAAGAAAGAUUCGAUGGAACAAAAUGAAGAAGUUCUAGAAAAAAUGACCGAAUCAAUAAGCGAAACCGAGGACGAGCGAAGUUACACGCCCUGUCUCGAUGAGAACAAAUCAAAGGAUACGUCGCUAGAGACGGAGAAAGAGAAGGGUAUCGAGGGCCUCGACACCGAAAUGAUAUCGGAGGACGAGGGCAACGGAAUGUUCUCCGACAACGAGAAAGCGCCUUCAGAACGUUCGCGGGCCUCGCCUCGAGAGGCGCCGCCGGCGAUCGACGGCGAAGAGGGAGAGAUAGUGGACAAAAAGAAGGAUACCAAGAGCGACGACCGAGAAGAGGUCGGAAAGAAGAAGAAGAAAAAGGAAUCCAAGAAGGAAGGAAAAGAGAAGGCCAAGAGUAAAAAUAAAAAAGGCGAGGUCGCGUUCAAGAAGCUCAGCAAGAGCGGGAAGGAAAGAAACUACAGGGAGAGGGACAAGGAGGAGCGCAAGGGAAAAAAGGACAGACGCGGCUCCGCCGAGAUGACCGAGAAGGAGAGGCAGAAGCAGAAGCGCAAAGAGAAGAGAAAGGAUCUGGAGAGAUACGACGUGCGGACGGUCGUGUCCGAGAAGAGGAGGAAGCUGAAGGAUCCGUUCGGGCGCGACGUGUCGCCCGGCCCGCGCUCUCGGUCGCCCUCGCCCUCGCUCUCGCGCUCCCCGCCCGCGCUGCGCUCCCCCUCCCGCGAGCGCCGCGCGCGGCUUGCGCGCUCUCCCUCGCCGCGACUCCGACGUUCGCCCUCGCCUCGUCUCCGGCGCUCGCCCUCGCCUCGUCUCCGACGCUCGCCCUCGCCGCACCCGCGACGCUCUCCCUCCCCCCGACUGCGGCGCUCCCCCUCCCCGCGGGCCCGGCGCACGUCGUCGCCGCGGCCGCGCCGCUCGCCGACCCCCCGCGGCCGCCGCUCGCCGUCGGCGCGGGGCUCGCUGACGCCGCGCUCGGCCACCCCCCCGCGCGCCGCGUCCCCGGCCGCGCGCCGCCGCUCCCCCCCGCGCCGCCGCCGCCCCUCCCCGCGCCGCCGGCGGUCGCAGUCCCGCGGCCGCAAGCGUCGCCGCUCCGCGUCCCCGUCGCCCGCGCCCAAGCAGAAGAGCGGCAAGAGGAGGCGCCGCGCGCGCUCCGCCCGCCGCAAGUCCCCGCGGAGGAGGCGAGCGCGGCGCGCGGCGGGGGGCGCGGCGCCCCCUCCCGCGGCGGCGGCGCCCCCCUGGUCGGGCGGCUCGCUGGACUCGCGGCUGCUGUCGCCGCGCACGCCGCCGCCGGAGCCCCCGGCCCCCGAGCCCCGCACGCCGCGCCGCCACCGCCGCACGCGGGACCUGGCCGGCGCCUGCAAGGAGGUGUUCACGUCCGGCGACAACAUCCUCGUCAGCGUCAGCUUCAAGGAGCAGGAGCGCGAGCGCGACGAGGGCGCGCAGCGACUGGAGCGGCGCGAGCGGCGCCGGGAGCGCCGCCGCCGCCGCCGGCGCCGCGCGGAGCCCGAGCCGGGGGCGGCGCGCCCGGUGGCCAUCAUCGACCUGGAGCGCUCGCCGUUCCGCGAGCUGACGCCGUCGCCGCGCAACGUGAUCGUGCUGAGCGACAGCGAACGCGGCGAGGAGGAGCCCGCGCCGGCGCCGCCCCCGGACGCGGCGGCGGGCCCCAAGACUCCGCCGGAGCCCCCGGCGGCGGGCGCGGCGCCGGAGCCCCCGGGGCCGGCGGCGGCGCCCGAGCCGGCGGAGGAGUCCCGCGGGCCCCUGACGCCGCCGGAGCCCCCCAGCUCUCCGGACGCGUACGACCCGUUCGAGCCGACCCGGUCUGCGUCCGCGUCCCCGGCCGCGUCUCCUGCCGCCAGUCCGGUGCGCACCAUGACGCUGGAGGCCGCACAGAAGACCAACAUGUCCGCCGACGAGGUCAUCGACCGCCGGCCGCUUUCGCCCAUUGAAAAGGUGAUGGCGCUGCUGCAGUCGACGCGGGACGUGUCCCCGGAGCCCCCGCCGGCCGAGCAGCCCCCGCCGGCCGCCCCCACGCCCCCCUCCGCCCCCGCGCCCCCCGCCAUGCCGGCCGCGCUGGUGGCGGCGGCGCCCGAGCCCGCGCCCGCCCCCCUCGCCGCCGCCGCCGCCCCCUCCGCCCCCGCCCCCGCCCCCGCCCCCGCCGCCGUGCCCGUGCGCAUCGUGCUGCCGGAGCCGUCGCGGCCGCAGCCUCCGAAGCUGUUCCUGGCGAAGCCGUCUCCGAUCAAGUCGGACCCGAUCAAGCCGCUGCAGGCGACCAAGAUCUCGCGGCUGCCGCUGCCGCGCGCGGAGGAGUCCCCGUACUCGCCGGGCUCCAGCGACUUCGGCGACCUGUUCUCCCCGCCCGCCGCGCCCCGCGCCCCCCGCCGCGACGCCUGCGACGGGCCCCCCCCCCGCCGCCGCCGCCGCCUGCACGCCGCCAAGGUGCCGGUCAAGCUGCGCGACAAGGGUAAAACGCAGGUGGGAAUCAAAAUAGACGAGGACAACCUGAAGAUUUUGGACGAUUUGCCGAGCUCCGCCGUCGAAAUGCAGGUCAAGAGUAAGUUCCUGAAGAAGCUGAACCGACAGGAGCGCGUGGUAGAGGAGGUGAAGCUGGUGCUGAAGCCGCACUACAACAAGAAGCACGUCACCAAGGAGGAGUACAAGGAGAUACUGCGCCGCGCCGUGCCCAAGAUCUGUCACAACAAGUCCGGUGAGAUCAACCCGACCAAAAUACAAGCUCUAGUGGAAGCAUACGUGAAAAAGUUCAGGAAAAAACACAAACGAAACAAUAUAGCGGACGCUAAUGUUAUGUAUAAUACAUAGUGUAGUGUAGUGUAGUGUAGUGUAAGAGGGGGCGCACCCCACUAAUGUACUUGGAGAUGAUUUAUCAGAUUAUUGUAAUUAUAAUUUAUGUAUGAACAAAUGUAUUUUACUUGCAACAUUUUAUUUAAA